AUGACUCGGGUUGGCAACGUACCAUUCACAUGGCUCCUAUGGUGCACCUACACCUCCAUUGCUCAGUGUGUCAACUGGCCCUCGUCCACCGAAAAAGUCAGAGCACUCCCAAGCACCGGGUCAUCCUUCAAUGCCGAUCCAGCGUCACCUUCAGUACCAGUUGCCCCGUUCGUUGCACCCGAGCCCUUCUCGUUUGACAGCGCACUGUUCGUCGAGAAAUACUAUGCGACGCCAGCGACGGCCAUGAGCACGGUCCGAUCUACGUAUCGCAAUUGGGUCGGUCCCUGGACCCUCUCGUCCGAUACGUCGUGCUACCGAGAAGCUCAUAUCAUGGACACUUGUCCGCACAACUACAACCGCCAUGACCUCACGAACACGUGCUGGACCGAAUGCCCGAUUGAGUUUCCCCUGGCAUGUGGCAUGGAAUGCGUGCUGCAGAACAGUAGAUGCAGCCUCGAAGUAGCUAGUAAAGUAUCGGCCGUGGCCAUGGCCGCGAUUGGCACGGCGACGUUCGGAGCCUUUGGUCCGUUGCUGAAGAUGGGCAAGAAAGCGACGUGGGCCAUCACGUGCACGAACCAAUUGCUGCUCGUGAUGAGAGGUAUUAUCCGGUACGUGCGCAGCGUCAAGACACAAGAUCCGCAGGUCUCCCGCGAUAAGCUUUUGUUGAUGCUGUACCAGACCAACAACGUCGUCACGGACCUGCCCAUGGUCAUCUACGCGUGCUUGGGCAAGAAGAUUCCGCUAAAGUUGCAGCACUCGCAGAUUGUGAUGGCCACGUCGCAGUGGCUGCUGCUGCAGGCCAUCACGUAUGAAGACGCCAUGAUCUCGAGCUGGCACAGGUUCCGAGCGUUUAUGAAAGGCGCCAACUUCACGGAAGCUGCCGAAGACAUUACCGACGGAGAGAUUGCGUCGCUAGAAACCGCUAUGCAGCAGAACUCGAGUUGUGCGGGCGAGUUAAAGUCAUUGACUGACCGCGUCUGGAUGACGAUCCACGAAUACAGAGAAACCAUAGUGGGCGUCACGAAAGACGCGAUUCGAGUCAAGAUCAGUGAGUCCGACCUCGUGCGGUACGACGUCGCCCUAGUGACGAACAACUGCAUCGAGCACUUGAUCGCGGAAUCCAAUGAAGUGACGGCCUAUAGAACCCGCGAGAAGCUACGCAAGACGUUUGGCGUGAUCAUUAACGACCUCAUUAAGUCUGGCAGUAGUGACAAUGGCACGUCGUUGGAUGAGAAAGCCCUCGUGUACAAGUGGAUUGACACUGGACUCUCGGCGAUCUCUGCUUCCAUGACGGACCCCACCGACAUAUCGACGUUGCUGUCCGAGUACAUUCAGCGAGUCUGUGGACCUACGCAGUUCAUGGGCGAGAUUGACGAUGGCACAGAAGAUGCGACACUAGGGCUAAACACCUUACAAGGAGCUUUCCGAGGAAGCACCAGCUCAUGGACCCGGGUAGGCGACGGUGCGGUGAUCAUCCGGUUUACAAGUACCGAUACGAAGGACGUGCUUGUGAACGUUCUGUCUGGAAGCGACCGAAUCGACCGAGUGGGUGUUAGAGCUGGUGGUACUGCCCACUGGCAGUCGACUGUUUCAAUAUUAGGUGGCAAGACGUUGUACCUGACUCGACGGCGACGUGGUUUGCUUGGUCUUCCACGUAAGGGAGGGGGGUCGCUAGUACUAUGGGUACCUAGAGCAUCUCAAGGAGGUCACUUGGAGCUUAAUGUGAAGAUUAAUGGGAGCUAG